AUGUUAGGCGCCUGGCUCGGGAGAGAUGUUUCAUGGAUGGCCAUGGCAGGCUCCGGAUCUGGACCUGUGCACCAGAGCUUUGCACAGGCCUUCUGGGCCUCGCUGCUUCUGAUCUUGGCUGCUGCCUCCGGUCAUGCGGCAGUCUAUAUUUGUGACCAGGGUCGUAAACAAGUUAUCGAGAUGGAGCACGUUCGCACAAGACGGACGGACGUGGACACUUUGCUCCGACAACUGCCCGAAUCGGUGAGUAAAACAAUUCACCAGACGUCGACUCCGCAUGGAACAAUCUUUCAAGUACUUAUGCUGCUGGCUGCUUUGCUUAUUCUAGUCUCGGAGUUCCCAAAGUACGAGUUUGUGCACUUGGGUGUCAGCAUCCGGUCCAUUGGCUUUGAGGUAAGCCGCUGCCUCUGCCCUGUUGCGGGGAUUCUUAUGCUCAUCUUCAUUCCUAUGUCUCAUGAUUUUAUUCUCAUGACGGAACGCUUCAAGCGACCAGGGUAUCAAAUCACUCGAGAAGACAAGGCGGUCUUCUAUGCAAACAAGCUGCAGGAGGACAUGCACACAUUUGCGGGAGCUCUGUCCUUCGCUAUAACGCCUGCCCUUGAAGGCUAUGCUGUCGGUCGCGCGUAUGUGCAGUUUUUUGGAACGGGCAUCGGCGAGCACUACGUUGCAUGGAAGGACGCUGACGUGCCGUCCUAUAUGUGGCUGGCCCUCCUCAUCGCGCGCACUGUCAUGCUUGUCGGGACCAACGUUUGUUUUUGGAACAUGGCGUAUGAGUGGUGGUGCGAACCCACCGCGAGGUGUACCCGGAAUCCUUACUACAUCUACACGACAGAAAAGUCAUUGAUUCGCCAUUUGCUAAAUUACAUACUGCUGCUUGGAAUGUCAAUCUGGUUUGUGAAGUCUUCGGAGUUCGAGCGGAUCAACCCAACAUCGCAGAAGCUCCUCUUGGGGGUUGCAAUGCUGACCACGGCUGCUUCUUGCUGCUAUUCCCUGGGCACUUUCUGGUUUUUGGCAUUCAAGGAGAGGUACUUGAACGACCACCAGAUGGAGAAGACUCUUCGCAAGAUCAUCGCUAAAUCCGAGGAUCGCAUGGAAAGGUACACCUCUGAGCUGGAGGCCCUCCACGACAAAUGGUCCAAGUGCUUCGUGGAUGAGCAGGACUUGGAGAGCGACUCCUCAAGCGACGGCUUUCUGAAAGGAACGUGUUUCAGCUCCGAAUAA